UUCAAUGCGAACAGAACGUGGCUGGAAAUUUCGAAAUAUCUCACUUUAACUACACUCUGUGUUGGCAGUUUUGGCUAAGAACGGAAGUGUGCAGUGUAGCGGCAGUGAAGGUGGCCAAGAGUGGCAGACGAGUAAUUGAGAGUAGCCGCAAAUGCCGAAAAAUACACCAAAAUAAAUUAAAGAGUAAAAAACAACAACAACAAUAACAAUAAGUAAGCGUGCUUCGAAUGUGACCGGCAAAAUAUAACGGUGAAAGUGUAAUAAACAAGUGUGAGUGUGCGCGUGUGUUUUUGUAUAUUUACUGCCGUGCAUGUGUGUGCGCGUAAUACAAUUGGCAAAUAAUAAAGUUUGCGCCAAGUUUUGGCUUUAUUCGGUUUUAUUUGUGCGUCCGUCGAAAACGGAUACAAUCUCGAUCAAAUGCGGCCGAAAGUAAACACAAUACGGUUGAAUGAAAUAAGGAUGUAUAUAUACAGUUGUGAGGAUAACUAAAUAAAUGUAACAAAUAGACAAAAGCAGUUAUAAACGAAAGUGAAUCGUUGAAUUUGUCGACACGAACAAUAGCAAAGUGUCUAACAAAAGCCAAGUGUGGCAACAACUAGUUUGGUAACAACAAAUCCAACCGCCAAUCGGCUUAAAGGCUUGUUUUUGCUGUUGCUGUAGCAGCUUGUGUGUUUAUUAUGUGUUUGCGAAAAACACUGUUAUUUUCAAUACAGAAAUCGAUUUCGGCAUGCAAUACUUGCACUCUAUAUGCAAAUACUACUCUGUGGCACAUAAAACUAAUUUGCAACUGCAGCUCAACUAAUUAUGAAAUUAAUCUCGCAUGCCAGCGGCUACAUGCAUAAAUAAUUGCUGGCGACAACAAUAUUGCACGCUGCCUCGUGCAUUGCUCUGAACACAUUUCGAAAGGCACUAAAUUACGGUGAAUGAUAUGCAUACAUCUAUUUAUAAAUGGUUAUCAACAAUCUUUAUACUGCUGAUAUCAAUUCAGAGUAAAAAUUAGCUCUAUUUGACGUCCCAAAAUUUGAAUUUACAACGUACUCUACUGACUACCAACAUUUGUAUGACACGGCGUAUACGUAACAUUUGAAGAGUUGUUAUACCGAGCUGCUGAAAACCGAUAAUUCGCAGGCAAACAGUUAAAUAAACAGCUUCGAAUCGUAAAAUUAUGUCCUAGAGCAGAGCAAUCCAAAUAAAACCGAAAUUUGAACGAAAUCUGAGGCAAAUUAAAGGCGUUAUUACACGCAGUUACACAAAACUAACGCUGAUUGCGCGGCAUAUGAGUCAUGCUAAACCCAACAACUGCUUAACAAAUUCCAACAGCAACACUAUUUAUAACAGCAAUAUGCAAAAACAACUACAAUCAGCACAAAACACCGAUUAGUGGCUGCAAAAGGUGUGUCACACUCGCUCGUGCCGUUAUUAUUGCAUAAUAUCCGCCUCAACAACAGCAAGGACACCAAAAAACAGAAACAAAAAAUAACAACAACAACAACAUCAGCUGUAAAUCUGUGUGUGUGAAAAUAUGAAAAUGAAAGCCAAACAUAAAACGUGUGUUGUGGCGGCUGCGGCGGCGGCGACCGGCGUUGGUGUCGGCGCUGGUGAGAAAAUGAAAUCGGUGAUAUUGUAUCCAUAUGGACCGCUAACGGGGACAGGAUGUUGUCGCAUGCUACAUGCGAAAAAUUUGGCGUUAACAAGUGCGAUUUACACAAUUAAUAUGUCACUUUUAAUUGUUUUGAUUUACUCUUGGCGGAUAAACGUGAAUAUGCGGAAGGCGGAGUCGUUGGAGGAUGUCUACUAUGGUGUUCAAAUAGCAUAUUUCGCCAUUAUCGGCACACAAAUGUCCAUGAUAGUGUUGAGUGUUAUGCUGAUAUUCGGAAUUUAUAAGGAAAACCCCGGUCUCAUAGUGCCAUGGAUAAUUGGCUACAUCACAUUUAUGGCGUUGGAAGCGGUGGCCAUGGUCUACUCCAAUGUUUUACGGGAUCAUGUAAAUAAGCAAUUUGAUGCAAUGUGCAAAACGGAAGUGGCCUUCUUCAUAGUUCGUGCUGUCUUUAAUGUGCUCGCCAUGUGGGGCGUUAUGCGUUUCUACAAUUUGGUGCGUUCAGGCAUCACAUGGAAAGGUCCCGAGGUAAUUGAGCUAAGAUAUAACGCCACCGACUCUCACCAAGUCGAAACGCGCUUACCAAGUAGUCACACAUAUCAUCUCUCCUCCCAUUACCAAUCGCAGGCAAAAACCACUACGUCGGCAGCAGCAACGACGGCAUAUCAUCACUGUAACGGUGGCAGCGACAGCAAACAGCGUCGCCACCACUAUAUACCAGACGUGGAGCGCAAACCGACUGGCUGCUGCUUCUUCGACUUCGACGACUACGAUGAGGAUGACGAUGAUGAGGAGCUGGAAUGCGGCGAUGAUGAUUACGAUUACGAUGACUACUACUACGAUGAUGAUGAUGAGGAUAGUUCCGAUUGCACGAUGCUCGGCGCCAUAACAAUGCAUCAGAAGCGGCAGUGCCAUCGCCCACUGCGUCCGUCACACCUGCAUUCAUCGCGGCCGCGCAACAACAACAUACGCACGGUGUUGAUAAACAAACGGCAUCACAAGUACAAAAUCGCACAGCCGCAAACACGACUCGAGGUGAUCAACGAGUCGGAGCGCAGCGCGGGCAGUGGCAGCGAUGAGAACGACUCGUUGUUAGUCGCUUACGAUAGCGCGUCGUCGUUGGCGUCGGUUUGACAUUGGCCGGCGUGCGGUUGUAGUUGCUUUGGAAAUGCGCGAACGAACGAUGGAGCUGGCGACGUCUUGGAUAAUGAAGCGGCGACCGCAACAGCCGACGGCGAAGCGGCCGAAUUGCAGCAAUUACAGUUGCAAAUUUGGCAGCAGCAAUGGCUGCGACGACAGCAGCGACGUCAACGCAAAUGGGAACGCAAGCUUCAGCGUCAACGCCGAUGUCCAUUACGACGAGUCAACAGCGCUGUGAAUUUGGCGAUAAUGGUGCUGCUAGUUGUAGUCGAGAUAUACGCACAAGUUUCGGUACUGCUAUAGAAAGGAAAGUUUUGGCGCCCAUAUUGUUUUGCGAGUUCAAAAGUUUUGCGUGCUUCCAUUUAGCCCGGAUUUACUUUGUAGUCAUAGAGUAUCUACAAUAGUAAUCACCAUUCUUCGAUUGAGAUUAAAAGGCAUGCGAAAAGUGAAAAACAAUGAAAAGCUCGAGGGAAGCUUAUAUUUUUUAAUAUUCGCAACGCUCGCUGGUCCUUGUAAAGGGUCACCCAUUUCAAGGUUUCUUUCUUUUUUAAAGAAAAAGCACAGAAAAUUUGAUGGAGAAUGUUUGUUGUCAUUCGAAAGAGAGUUCUUUUACUUUUAUUUUUUGUCCAUCUGUUGAGUUCAAUUUUCGAUGACUCGUUCGACCAUUUCGACUAGUAACUGGCGAAAGACACGCGUGAAGUUUUGCUCCAACGCCUGAAUGGAAGCGGGAUUGUCCGCAUAAACUUUAGACUUUACAUAUCCUCACAGGAAAAGUCUAACGGUGUGAUAUCACACGCUCUUGGUGGCCAGUCGACCGGCGCGAAACGGGAAACUAUCUGUUCACCGAAGUGUUCCCUCCAUAAAUCCAUUGAUUGAUGCGAUGUGUGGGAAGUGGCGUCAUCUUGUUGAAACCAAAUGUCACCGAGAUCACGAGCUUUAAUUUUAGGCAUGAAAUAGUCGGUUAUUAUGGCGCGGUAAAGGUCGCCAUUGAUGGUAACGUUUUCAAUAAAUGAAAGGCUAUCGAAUCUCUUCAGGUUGGCAAUUUUGCUUGGUCAUAUACAAAUUUAGCCAGAAAUGGUUGACCAUAAGUCGAGCGAAGCGCGCGAAUAACAUUCUUUACAGAAAUUUCGUAAAUAUGUUGAACAAUUUGUAAACGUUGUUAAAAAAAGACGAAAGCUUGGCACGACUCACGCAUGAUCUGUCAAAAAACCUUUAUUAUUUCAUUUACAAUGUAAUAAUUUCAUUGAAAAAUCUUAUCACAAUCCGUCCGAAUGAUCCACAUUGAGAAAACAUAAAAGUGUUAAUUAAAACGGACUCCCUUUUCAGCUUUAUAUAUUUUGAAUCUUAAACCCAUAUCUCGUCAGUUUUACUGAAAUUAGCUUGUUCCUUCAUCUUAUUGCUUUUUCUUUGGGAAGCUUUCUCUCUAAAUCGAUGUUGAGAAGUUGGGAAUACCAAACGCUUGAACUAAGCCCUUUUCCCAUCAUAACAUUUAAUUGCAUAACAAAUUAUUCCAAGAAAUAAAGCUCUAACGACUACCUUCAAGCCACCCUUACAGUUAGAUAGGACAUUCAAUAAUAUUAUGAAGAAAAGUGGUUGUCAUCUUUUACCAAGAAAACUUCUAAGAAUACCUUGCGAUCGUCAAAAUCGGUCUUUAAAUUGCUGAAUUGAUGCGUCAGUCACGUAUAUUGGCUUCGGAAAUCUUAUAAAUUGUACCUUAACAAAAACAAAAAGAAAACGUUAACUUCAGCUGUACCGAAGCUAAUAUACCCUUCACAGGUGCAUUUCUUUUAGUAACUAUGUGUUUAAGUAAAUCUGAAGACGUAAGAAAAAGUAAGUAAAAAAAGAAAACGUUUUACUAAUUCUUUUUAGCCGGGUUGUUUGCUAGAAACACUAAGGUUAUAUAGUUAACCGAUCUGAACAAUUUCUUCGGGGAUUUUAUUAUUACCUUAAGCAGUAAUCCAUGUCAAAUUUCGUGAAAAUAUGAAGUAAAAUGCGGAAGUUUUCCAUACAAGCCCUUGAUUCCGAUCGCUCAGUUUGUAUGGCAGCUAUAUGCUAUAGUGAACCGAUCUGAACAAUUUUUUCGGAGAUUAAAUUAUUUCUCCGAGCAAUGACUCACAUCAAAUUUCGUGAAGAUAUGUUUUAAAAUGCGGAAGUUUUCCAUACAAGCCUUUGAUUUCGAUCGUUCAGUUUGUAUGACAGCUAUAUGAUAUAGUGGUCCGAUAUCGGCAGUUCCGACAAAUGAGCAGCUUGAAGAGAAAAUAACAUCUGCAAAAUUUCAAAUCGAUAUCUUAAAAAUUGAAGGACUAGUUCGUAUAUAUACAGACAGACAGACAUGGCUAAAUCGACUCAGUUCAACAUACUGAUAAUUUAUAUAUAUAUAUUUUAUAGGGCCUCCGACGCUUCCUUCUGGGUGUUACAAACGUCGUUACAAACUUAAUAUACCCUGUUCAGGGUAUAAAUAUAUAUCUGUCAUAGUUCAUUUGUUUGCUGAACUUAUAAGAGUUAACAAUUAACUACUUGAGAACAUAAAAAGAUUUAGUCGAGAUAAAGUGGAAGCAAAAUUUACUCAAGUUAAAAAAAAUAGAAAAAUGGUUAACUUAUAGUAAAAGAAAUUUAAGCAUUUCAAGCGAUUUUCUUACACCCUUCAAAAAUAAAUUCUUCAUUAUUUGGGCAUUAUUAAAUUUCAUAACUAAAAUAAAGAUAAACUAGCGGCUAUUUGCAUUACGGUAAACUUUUGCUUACUUCCGCUGGAAGCUUUUCGGAUUUCCUUCACAACUUUAAUGGCUUUUGAUGAUGGCAGUCGUAAACCGCACCACCUAGCUGUUAUAUACACAUACAAAUAUAUAUGUAGGCACAAGAAAUGCAUGCAAAUAUUAAAUUAUUAAUGGAGUGAUGAGUUUAGAGAUCUUUUAUUUUAAUAGUUUAAUGGAAAUAUGAAGUAAAAUCCAGCUAAACACGCACAAAAGCAAUAUAUUCUGGUGAACUUUAUUAGAGAUUUUCAUUUUUGUUUUAAAUAUAAAUCGCAAGCAAAAAGUAAAUAUCUAAGUAAUAAACUCAAGCACGUGCUCAUAAAUACAUAAUAUACCUCCCAAGCUCGGUAGGAAAUAAAAUCGUGAAACAUAUUAAAAGAGGUUCAACCACUUGAAUCUUGAUACCCUUAAAUUUUCUGAACCUUUUAAUCAUUUUUUUAACUCUACGGGUUCAAAAGUAGUCAGAAGUAUAAUGGUAGAUUGCUCCCGAAAUCCUUACAACCCUUGAAAAAUUGAAGAGGAGCUACUACUUGAAAGUGUAUUGUUAAAUGCGAGAGAAAAAUUGAAUUGUCUAGUGAGAGGUGCUUUCCAACUCAUUGCCUAGUUCUUUGAACAUAAAUUGUAUUUCCUACUUAUCCUUCUUACCUUUACGAUUUCUUACACGAAAGCUUAGACUGCGAAAAUAAGGUAGCCACAGCAGAAAUUGCCGUCAUAACUUUUUAUAAUGUGGCAAUUCGACGUAAUGGAAAAAAGACAGAGCUGAGUUAUGUUCCCAAGAAAACGGAACAACAGAUUAUUACAGUAGUUUCUCACAGGGUUACCUACGAUGUGAAUUUUACUAUUAUUGGCGUGUAGCAUAAAAUACCACAAAUCUUUUAACCAUUCGUGACGUAUGUAACAGUAUUUUUCAAGAGUAUUCUGAACUAUUGUCAUCAUCUCAAUAUUCUAUUCUAUAAAUACCUCCCUAUAUAAUUCCAUCUUGAAAGAACUGUGAAUCUCUGAAUAUCCUCACUUAUACUUCGACCCUCAUCUCGAAGGUAUUGGAAACAAUUCGUAAUAGUCUUUUACAUCUAAUGUGUAUAGUCGCCUGAUGGCCCCUUCAUAAGUAUAUUAUUAAAAAACGUAUUAUUCUUCGGUAAAAAUUUCAAAUAAACAUCAUUUGGUUAGCCUUGCGAUAACAAAAUUACUCUAUUGUGAAUAAAUGAAUUGAGCAUAAUUACUAUACUGCGCUUUAUUAAUAUCUCUAUCACUAGACGAAAAUUAGUACAAUUUUUAACGGAUCUUAGGGAUUUAUCGUCUGUGACCAGUUUCUAAUUAAUUGAAGUAGUGGUUUGUAGUAGAAAAUAAGGUAUUGAAUUUACUGAGCCGGGCUGUAGACUUACAACCUAAAUAUGAUAUCAGAACAUUACAAAUUGAAGAAGUCAAGAAGUUCUCCUAAAAGUUCUACAAAUAAACCCCUUUCAUCACAAUGGUACCUAAGGUAUAAAAUAUAACCUCAUUAAUUAAUAUGGGCUUAUCGCAUAUAAAUAUGGAUAACUGGCUUCUAUCGUUUUUUUUUUACUCCUAUCUCUACGAGUUCGGCGCUAAUAAUGCUUCCGCAACUCUCUUAGUUCUUCCACCACUUGUUUUCCACAACUCUCCAUUGAAGGCUGUGGUGUGUAGAUACAUAUACUGUCGAUGGAACUAUUUAAUAUGCAAAAGCCGCCUCCACGAAACUAUCGUGACAACCAACUAGCAAGAGGUCGGAAGAGCAACUCUUGAAACAUUGACUCUCUGGUUGUUGCCUAGUUUAUUUGGCAUAUCCUGCUGUUUGGUUAAUUGUUGUUGUUAGGGCGAAAAACAGCGCGUUUAAUUGCUGUUAUUCGAAAAGUGUUGCAUGAAUUUCAAUGAGGCAUAUGAUGAGGCCAGCGGAUUACGGCGGCGCGCAAAAAAAUUGGCCGCUUUAACUGCUUAAUGUUGUCGGACCGAACUGGGUCGAAUUUCGUUGCGAGAAUGGUGAUUACAAGCAGAUUGCUUUUAUGGCUCUAUAGAAAGUGGAAAGGGCACUACAUAUAUACCAUAUACUUAUUUGUAUAUACUUAUGUAAAUAUAUAUACUGUGAAAGAAGAAGCGUGCAGCUAAGCAAAGCUCGAAUAUAAUCUAUGAAAGCGUGUAAAACAAAGCCAAUGUUCCGACAGUCGUGUUACUAGCAUACUUAUUGUGUAAGCAUUAUUAUACCGUUAUACUUUGUUGACGCCAAACAAACAAACAAACAAAAAAACUAUUGUACCAAACAAAGCUUAUAAGAUUUUGUGUACAAUAUAGUUUCUAGAUUAAGAUACAAUAAAUAUAAACAUAGAUAUAAAUACAUACAUACAUUUAUGUCAGAUUCAAAAAAGGCGAACCAAAAUGUAUUGUAUUGUAGCAGGACAAUAGCAGUAAAGCAAAUAAGCAUUGACACCAUCAAAUAGUUGUAAUUGUAGCUUAUUUAUAAUAACUGUUAAGCAAAAGCUUUAUAGCUGUACUUGCAUGUACAUAUGUAUAAAUAAAAUGUUAAAUAUACAUAUACUAUAUGAUUAAAUUAAUAAAUAAAGCAUAAUAUUUUAAGCGAGUAAAAUACUUGAAGAUACUCUAAAUUACUUGAAAUCAAAAUUUAGUUAGCUGCAAUAUUAAUAUGCAUAAAUUAAGAAACAAAUUUAGUUUAAGUUAUUGAAUUUUUAUUUUAAGGGGUUAGGUGGGUCUCAAAAUUUAACAAUUUUAAGAAAAAAAUUUUGUCAUAUUAUAUAGUGCAAUAUGUUUAAUAUAUUAUCGAAGAAUAUCAAAUUGACCCGAGAAAAAUUCUAAAAGAUAGACCCUUUGGAAACUCCGCCCAAGAGGGCACGUCUGUUUGAAUGUAAGCUUUGAAAGCAAAACUAAAUUUUUUAAGUCAGUGGAAACGAUUUCUCAAAUUUGUUCAAACCUUUGAAAUCACACUUUCUAGUAAAUGAACGAAGAAUUUUUUUUGUGUUUAUUACAACUUUUUUUUUUCGUGGCCAAAAAAGUGAGUUUUUUAUUCAAAAUCUGUCAAAAAUUUAAAAUUUAAUUAAUGUCUUUUCUUCGUUCAUUAACUAGAUUGCCUUUGACCUUGCAAGUCUAUCCAGUUUUCUAAUAAUCUUGAUCUUGCUACCAGUUUUCAACUGAUAAAUCAAGGCUGGAAAUCAGCAUAGACCCUUCACAUAAUAAAAAAAGUAAGGAAGGGCUAAGUUCGGGUGUAACCGAACAUUUUAUGCUCUCGCAAUUUAUUUAUUUAACUUAAUUAAUAUUACAUAAUAUACAAUUUGACCCACAUAUUCGUCAUAUAUAUUAUAUAAAGUCCAUUGAAAGUUGGAAACCCUAAUAUUAUUAAUUAUGUUCGAUAUAUGGGGCCUUAAAAACAUAUGGUCCGAUUUUGGCGAUUUUUAGAAUGGGGCUGCCACACUAUAAACGUAGUAUUUGUGCAAAGUUCUACACCGAUAUCUUCACUAGUGCUUACUUUAUAUAUUGUAAAGUUAACGAUUCAGAUCGUCUUCAAAGUUCUGGUAUAUAGGAAGUAGGCGUGUUUGUGAAGCGAUUUGGCCAAUUUUCACAACAUCUUAUUGGGAGGUAAGGAAACUAUUACAAACCAAGUUUCAUUGAAAUCGGUCUGGUAGUUCCUGAGAUAUGGUUUUUGACCCAUAAGUGGGCGACGCCACGCCCAUUUUCCAUUUGCUAAAAAAAUCUGAGUGCAGCUUCCAUCUGCUAUUUCUUUUGUGAAAUUUAGUGUUUCUGAAGUUUUUCAAUUUCAAUUAUUUUCAUGGUGUGUGGUGGGGUACGUAAGAGAAUCGACUGCAGAAAGAAUUUUUAUAUAGCUUCAUUGGUUUGCGAGAUAUAUACAAAUAACCGAUUUGGGGGCGGGACCACGCCCACUUCCAAAAAAAAUUACAUCCAAAUAUGCCCCUUCCUAGUGCGAUCCUUUAUUCCAAAUUUUACUGUUAUAACUUUAUUUAUGGCUUAGUUAUGACACUUUAUGUGUUUUUGGUUUUCGCCAUUUUGUGGGCGUGGCAGUGGACCGAUUUUUGCUCAAGCAACCCUCUCACUGCCCCAAGGAACAUGUGUUCCAAGUUUCAUUAAGAUAUCUCAAUUUUUACUCAAGUUAUCGAUUGCACGGACGGACGGACAGACGGACAGACAUCCGGAUUUCAACUCCACUCGUCAUCCUGAUCAUUUACAGUCAAACCUGUAUAAGCGAGAGUUCAAGGGAGCACAAUCUUAUUAUCGCUUAAAGAGGUUUCUCACUAACCCGAGUUUCUCGCUAAUGCACGUACAUAUGUAGUGUUUCUCUCUUAUAGAGGUACGCAGCAAUAACAAGUCAGAGCAAGUACGAAUGUAGUAAAUAUGUACAUAUGUAAACUCACUCUGAAUUUCAUUCCGCGAUUUUCCGGAUUCAAACGCAUUCACUAUUUUAAUCUUAUCACUUAAUGACAGUACUUUGAUUUUUCUUUUUGACAUGAUGCAGAGCAGAACUUUCCUUCGCAAUUGAUAACUAUAAACUGAGUAAGUCCGACAAACAGGACGGUAAACAAGCACACGUGUCCAUUCGAAAAAAAUGCCAUAGAGUAACAGCAUUUUUAGUUCCACGAAAUAGAAUUCCACGAAAAAAUUACAAAACAAUGGUCGGAAGUUUCACAAAAGUUAAGAAUGAGUCAUAAAAUUGCAGAUGUUAAACUUGUAAAUAAAGUUCGUCUCUCGCUUAUAGAGACCAGAUAAGUAGCAGUCUCACUUACGGAGGUCUAUGAGGCAAAAACGACUCUCUCUUACAUAGGUUUUUGUUUCUCACUAAUAGAGGUUUUGGAAGCUUAAAAUGACGGGUCCUAGCUAUUACUCCCACUUAUAGAGUUUUCUCACUAAUCCAGUUCUCCAGGUUUGACUGUAUAUAUAUAUAACCCCAUAUCUAACUCUUUUAUUUCUUGGUGACACAAACAACCGUUAUGUGAACAAAACUAUAAUACUCUGUGCAACAGGUUGCGAGAGUAUAAAAAGUAAACCAAUGGGUUCAUAUAACAUACCCUUGGCCAAUUACCAGACUCAUUUGUUAAUAUAAUAAUUAAAAUUAGUUCCAAUAAGUUGAUGGUAUCGCUCAAGUUGUGACAUAUUCCACCAACUCUAAUGGAACUACUUGGGAUGAUGAAAUGAAAUUAUGAGAUUGAUGCAGAACUAUAAGGGAGGCUGGUCUCUUUAGGAUAGUUUAUACAUCAAAUAAAGACAUCUUGUUUCAUGUACUUUUUUUAAUUUACCAUUAAGAAAGUAAGUUUGUUGACGAGAUUUCUAACCUUUUUGAUAUGGUUUCAGUAUAAGCUAAAGCAUAAUAAACAUUAUCAGUAUACUGAACACCUGACAGCUGGUUGACAGAUUUUUCUCUAGGCAUCCUAAGCUUACUUCUGAAGGUCAUGAAGACGUAUCGAUACUUGAUAUCGUGUAUGUGAUUUCAAUACUUUUUGGACUAUCAAUUCCGGUCUAGCUUGAUUUAUAUAUAACCAAUUUAUGCAUAUAUUUGUCGAAACUAACGCCAGCUUAGGUAUAGGCAAGUUGGGAUGAAUGGUAUCACAAAUUUAAUUUUUAAGUAUCUUUCUUAACCCUUCCCUAUUUAUUCUUCUUGGCUCAUACCUUCAUUCAGCAAAUCUAGCAAGGACUGGGCUUGUUCAUUCGUAUCUAUUUGCUUACUGAUAUCACAGAAGCUACAUAUAAAUUGCUCAAAAUAUCAACUCCACAAGAAUAUAAAUAUGUAAAAUACUGUAUGGAGAAUAACACAAUUUCCAGUUUAUUAAUCGGUUCCAAAGGUUUUCAGUUUCUCUUAUUACUUGUAAAAAUUUAAGUUGUUCAAAACAUAUUUAUUCUUCAGUUCUUCUAUUCAAUCACUUACAAGUAAUAUCAAAAUAUACACAUAUGAAUUCUUCAACUAUAAACUUAAAUAAAUUUAAUAUUACCGCAACUGCUUCUAACUUAACCAAAUACUUAGAUAUAUGAAAGUAAAUUAAUAUCUCAUUGAAUAGUUACUACUAUCAAAUCAUACAUUCUUCAUUCUUCCUCUCAAGUCUUCAUAACAGCAAAUAAACGUAAGAAGUAUGUACAUAUACACAAAUGAAUAAACACUCAAAAACAAAAUUUAAUCUAGAGAAUGUAAUAAAUAAGUAGGCCAAAUAAAUAAAUAUGUGAAAAUAUGAAUUUGUAUCAAAGAAGUAUUAUAGCCAUAGCUUACAAGUAGUAGAAGAGUCUUAGCGAAAUUUUAUUUUUACAAAUUUGAAGUUCAAAUGUAAAUAUA